AUGUUGGAUCAAAUAAAAUUCGACGAAACAUGGACAGCGUUGUUGGGUGUCGUGCCGAAAAGCUACUACUCCCUCGCGAUAGUAGCACUGGUUGGGUAUCUGAUCUAUGCUUUUACAUUGGCGACCGAUAUACCCCACAUCAAGGGAUUGCCCGAAAUCCCGGGUGCCGUGCCCGUCUUCGGCCAUCUUCUCAAACUUGGCGACGAUCACGCCAGCGUGUGUGAGGGCUGGUGGCGGAAGUAUGGACACUCAGUCUUUCAGAUAAAACUCGGCAAUACUCGAGCUGUGGUAUUCAACUCCUUUGAAGAUUGUCGCAAAGUACUGCUCGGCCAUCAAAAUGCGAUCAUCGAUAGGCCGAAGCUGUACACCUUCCACGGAGUCAUCAGCAGCACUCAGGGGUUUACAAUUGGUUCAUCACCAUGGGAUGAUUCGUGCAAAAAAAAGCGCAAAGCAGCAGGUACAGCUUUGGGACGCCCUGCCCUUCGAAAUUACCAUCCCAUGUUCGACUUGGAGAGUUAUUGUAUUGUCCGUGACAUCUUCCGAGACAGCAAGGAUGGAAAAGUCAUGCUCAACGUCCGACCUUACAUUCAACGGUUUGCGCUCAACACAACACUGACGCUCUGCUACGGUAUUCGCAUGGAUGAAGUCUACGACGACCUUCUCCGCGAGAUUCUGCAUGUCGGAUCGGCCAUAUCUCUGCUGCGCAGUGCGUCCGAGAAUCUGCAAGAUUAUGUUCCUCUUCUUCGUUAUAUGCCAAACAAUGAGAAGAAUGCUCGGUCAAAAGAGUUACGAGAACGCCGGGAUGCAUACUUGAACCUCCUACUUGACAAAGUGCGAGAAAUGAUCAAGAAAGGUACGGAUAAGCCGUGUAUCUCCGCCGCCAUUCUCAAAGAUGAGGAGACAAAGCUUUCUGGGGUGGAGGUGUCUUCUAUUUGCCUUUCGCUGGUUUCUGGUGGUUUUGAGACUAUUCCUGGCACCUUGACCUCGGCCAUUGGGUCUCUUUCAACGCCUGAAGGUCAGAUAUGGCAGGACCGUGCUUAUAAGGACAUUAUGAGAUACUACUCAGAUGCUCGUGAAGCGUGGCUGGGCUGUAUCCAUGAAGAAAAGGUGCCAUACGUGAACGCAAUCAUCAAAGAGGCCGGUCGAUACUAUACUGUCAGCGCCAUGAGUCUGCCCCGGAAAACCGUGACGGAAGUAAACUGGAAUGGUACCAUCAUUCCCCCGAAGACGAUGAUUCUCAUCAACGCGCAGGCAGGCAAUCACGAUAUUGAUCACUUUGGACCCGAUGGAGGAAAAUUCAAUCCUGAACGGUGGCUUGAGUCCAUCAACCCUCCAGUUGAAGCAGAAGCAAAGGGUCUUCCACAUCUAAGUUUCGGCGCUGGAUCGCGUGCCUGCUCGGGCCAGUUCAUUGCCUCGAGGCUCCUAUAUGCUGCCAUUGUCCGUCUAAUCUGCUCCUAUAAAAUUGUGGCUAGUAAGGAACAGCCACCAAAUACGGAUUACGUGGAUUACAACAAGUUCAAAACGGCUUUGGUCGCCAUUCCGAGAGACUUUGAGGUGAAGCUUAUUCCGAGGGAUAGCGCGAUGACCCGCGAGUGCUUGGAUACUGCUGAGAUCCGGACCAAAGAGCACUAUAAGGAGUAG